AUGCCUUUUGUGCUGAGCACCAAACCGUGUCGAUUGAGGCUAUUACUUCCACAAAUGCGAAUGAUUGUCCGUUUUCCCCGUGACGCAAAUUGCCCCAUCUGGAUUACAGGGAGACGUGGAGGCCUCCCAGCGCUGCAAAGGAUGCAUCCCGGAAACGGCAAACAUCACCGCCGAUUUCAGGAGCAGACCGAACACGCAUAUGCAGCUGGCGGACCGCAGGCAGGGGGCAACAAACAGAUCGGGCUCUCGCUGCCUACUACUGCCCUGGGGCGUUCAGAGAAGGACAUAGCAUACUUGCAACCAUUUGGUUGCUUGUUGGUGCUUGAUGCAAAGAGCCUCAAUGUCAUUGCAUUCAGUGAGAAUGCACCCGAGAUGCUUAGCACAGUCUGCCAUGUAGUGCCAAGUAUCUAUGAAUCCCCAAUGUUGUCCCUUGGGACCAAUGUGUUGUCGCUUUUCAUGGAAUAUAGUGCCACAUCACUAUAUAUGGUACUAAGGUCUGCUGAUGUUUCUUCUCCGAAUCCAGUCCUAGUUGAGUGCAGAUCAUCAGGCAAGCUCUUUUAUGCCAUUGCCCAUCAGGUGACUGGGACUGAUUGUCUAAUGGUAGAUUUUGAGCCAGUGAAGCCAUCUGAAUUUUCUACUGCUGCUGCAUGGGCUUUGCCGCAGUCUUACAUGCUUGUAGCGCCGGCAGUAUCAAAGAUCCAGUCAGUGCCAGGUGGAAGCAUGGAGGUCUUGUGCCAUACUUUGGUACAAGAAAUCUUUGACUUAGUGGGAUAUGAUAGAGUCAUGGCUUACAAGUUCCAUGAAGAUUAUCAUGGUGAGAUCAUUGCUGAGGUUAGAAAACCUGGUCUUGAACCAUAUAUUGGCCUACACUAUCCAGCCACUGAUAUCCCUCAAGCCGCCAGGAUUCUUUUCAUGAAGCACCAAGUUCAUAUGAUGUGUGAUUGCUCUCUGAGGCCAGUGAAGAUUAUCAAAGACGAGGAACUCCCUUUUAAUGUUAGCUUGUGUGGUUCAACUCUUGGGGUGCCACACAGUUGUCACCUUCAGUAUACGAAGAACAUGAAAUCGGUUGCCUCUCUAGUAAUGGCUGUUUUGAUAAGUGAAAAUGGAGAAUAUUCUGAAGCCAAGCAUGAACAACCAACACAAUGGCGGCACCCGAGAAAGAAGCUAUGGGGUCUCAUUGUUUGCCAGCAUAUGAGCCCUAGACAUGUCCCCUUUUCGCUACGGCAUGCCUGUGAAUUCAUAGUACAAGUGUUUGCUGUCCACAUAAAUAAGGAGCUAGAAUUGGAGAAGCAGAUGCGACACACAAGUAUGAUAAAAAGGUCAAGUCAUAUGGAUUUCGAGAUGGGUGAACUUGUGUUACAAGACAUGGUGGAGGCCGCAGCAAGUGAAGUAUGGCCAGCUUGUCAAGGAAAAGGGAUCACAGUAUCUACCGACCAUGCAGAGAAAUUUCGCAAGCAAAGGCUCAGUAAUCCGUACUUAAUGCAGCUACUGCAGAAUCUCCUGUUCGACUUCCUAUUUGCUUCUGUGAAGUUCUGUCCUGUUGGAGGUUCCAUUGUAAUAUCUUGCAAUCAGACUAUGGAAAUUGGAGAAAACAUUAAUAUCAUGGAUCUGGAACUUAGGAUCAAGCACACAAUGAUAGCACUCCCAGAGGAAAUGUUUUCACAAAUGUUAGAAGGAGAAAACGAAGAGCAGUCAGAGGAGGACUUGACCCUUGUAAUUUGUAGAAACAUUAUGACUCUCACGAACUAA